UUCAACAAUAACCAACCUCGGAGAGAAAACAACACAAAAUCACCCCGUAACCUCUCUCUCUCUCUCUCUCUCUCUCUUCUACAGUCAUUCAACAAUGGCCACGAAAGAGAUGGAAACAGUAAAGGGUCUAGACUUGCAAAAGUACAUGGGAAGGUGGUAUGAGAUAGCUUCAUUCCCAUCAAGGUUUCAACCUAAGAGUGGAAUAAACACAAGGGCUACAUACACUUUGAAACCUGAUGGUACUGUUCAUGUUCUUAAUGAGACUUGGACUGAUGGCAAGAGAGGCUCUAUAGAAGGUACUGCGUAUAAGGCGGACCCUUCUAGUGAUGAGGCCAAACUCAAAGUCAAGUUCUAUAUUCCUCCUUUCUUGCCUAUCUUUCCUGUUACUGGGGAUUACUGGGUUUUGUCUAUUGAUGACGAUUAUCAGUAUGCUUUGAUUGGCCAACCUGCCAGGAAAUAUCUUUGGAUAUUGUGUAGAAAGAACCAUCUUGAUGAGGAGAUCUACAAUCAGCUAGUUCAGAAAGCCAAAGAACAGGGCUAUGAUGUGAGCAUACUUCAAAAAACACAGCAGACAGAUCCUAUACCAGAGAGUGAUGAUGCCCCCAAGGACACCAAAGGCAUUUGGUGGAUUAAGUCCAUUCUGGGAAAAUAGUAAUUGCCAAAUAUAUAUUUCUAGACUUUUAUCAUAUAUAGAAAUAAACCCUACAAAAUCUGAAUGUUUGAUGCUGUAUUCAGAUUUUUCUUUUUACUAUUAUGCCUUGUAAAGUUUGAAUGUAGUCUGUGGUUGAAUUUUGUUAUGAGAAUUGUGGAAUGUGAAUUAUUAGUGUUUCUUUGGUGUGAAAUCUUUCUGAUUUUUCAGUUGUGGUUUGAAAUUAAUGUUAUAAACUUGGCUUUUAAGGAUGAGCAUUAAGGGGCU